UAUGUAGUACCGAACUUGUAGAAACAAGAACGAUGAUGGCUUUCAGUAGCAAGGCUCUUUGCUUCAACAAACAAAUGAUUUCGAGUUCCAUUAGGCAUCCCUCUGUCGACAAAAAAACAGCCACUGCUCCGGUUGUUUCCCUUCCGGAGAUUCCCCGAACACAACCAGCUUUGACCAUGAACAAUCCUCUAGUUAAAACCCUUGAUAAGCAAGAGAUUCUUGAAAAUAUUCCAGGGAAAUUUGGAAAGUUUGGGGGGAAGUAUGUGCCCGAGACACUCAUCUCUUGUUUAACUAAACUUGAAGCUGAGUUCAACCUGGUUUUGCAUGAUUCUGAGUUUCAGGAGGAGCUGGCAACGGCAUUAAAGGACUACGUCGGAAGAGAGACACCUUUAUACUUUGCUCAUCGGUUAACAAAUCACUACAAGAACAGCCAAGGCGAAGGACCGGAGAUUUAUCUAAAGAGAGAGGAUCUCAACUACGGUGGGGCUCACAAAAUAAAUAACGCCAUAGCGCAGGCAAUGAUCGCCAAGCGAUUGGGCCGGAAAACCAUAGUGGCGGCCACCGGAGCUGGACAGCAUGGAGUAGCAACCGCCGCUGCAUGUGCUAAGCUUUCUCUAGACUGUACCAUCUUCAUUGGAGCCACGGACAUGGAAAAACAAGCCUCCAACAUCCUAUUAAUGAAGCUUCUCGGUGCUAAGGUAGAGCCUGUGGAUGGAACAUUCAAAGAUGCGAGCUCGGAAGCCAUAAGGGCGUGGGUUGGGGAGCUUGAAACGAGCUAUUAUCUGACGGGAACGGCAGUAGGGCCUCAUCCGUGUCCGAGCAUGGUACGCGAAUUUCAAUCCGUCAUUGGAAAAGAGACGAGAAGGCAGGCCAUGGAGAAAUGGGGUGGAAAACCAGAUUUACUUGUGGCUUGCAUCGGGAGUGGAUCCAAUGCUUUGGGUUUAUUUCAUGAGUUCAUAGAGGACGAAGAUGUGAGGUUGAUCGGGGUGGAGGCUGCUGGGUUUGGGCUUGAUAGUGGUAAACAUGCUGCAACUUUAGCUAGGGGACAUGUGGGUGUGUAUCAUGGUGCAAUGAGUUAUCUUUUACAGGAUAAUGAAGGACAAAUUCCGAGUCCCCAUUCCAUUGGUGUAGGGCUAGAGUAUCCAGGGGUUGGACCGGAGGUGAGCUUUUUAAAAGAAACAGGUCGAGCCGAGUUUCAUACUGCCACAAACAAAGAAGCUGUGGAUGCAUAUCGACGGCUAUGCCGAUUGGAAGGCAUAAUACCGGCGUUAGAGGCCUCACAUGCAUUGGCUUUCCUUGACAAACUAUGUCCUACUCUGCCCCAUGGGACCAAAGUUGUCGUCAAUAUCAGCGGUCGUGGAGAUAAAGACGCUGCCAUUGUCUCCCAAUACUAACCACAUUAUUCAAUGGUUUCACAA